UUGGUCCGUCGUGCUUACGAUAAUUUUUAAAAGUGAACUAUAAAAUCUUUGUUGUUUCGAUUUGUGGCACUCAUGAAAUUACAUAUUUUGUCAUAUAUUUAUUGGUGAUAUAUGAAUUUAUUAUUGGGUGUUGUGAUGUGUUUUUGUGAUGUGAUGGCCUCUAAGAUCAGGAUGGCAAUUUGGAUACGAAAUAUUAUAAGACUGGUGCUGGUUUUGAACCUGUUCCAUCUGGGAUCCCCUCAGACCACGGUGUCUACACCUUCAAUCACAUCGUAUCCUUCAGAGGUCCACCAGAUGAUUCAACAGAGGAUAGUGAAGGGGCAACCAGGGUCGUGGUCUUCAUGGUCACCCUGGACCCCUUGUACGAGGUCGUGUGGGGGAGGAGUUACCAUACAGACCAGGGAGUGCCGGUCCAAACCACUUGGAAGGCACAGAAGAAGAGUUCACUCAAUCGAGACACAACAUCACUGUGUAGGCUUGUACAAAAGAAUACACAUCUGUAACACGAAGGAAUGCCCGGGCACGACGGACUUCAGACAAGAACAAUGUUCGCGCUACGACGGUCAGGAGUUCUUAGGAAGAGCUUACACUUGGGAGCCGUUCAUGGAAGCUCCCAACCAGUGUGCUCUCAACUGUCGGGCGAAGGGGUUCCGAUUCUACGCCACCCUGAACGCGUCAGUAGAGGAUGGUACUCCUUGCCGAGGAUACAUCAUCGGCCACGACACCGACCGCUGGGUCUGCAUAGCUGGACAGUGCAAGGUAGGAGCAUAUUUUAUAAUUUAA